AUGGACAACGUCCGACCGGACCGCGUUCCUCCGCCAUUCAAGGAUGUACUAAAACGACAGAAACCUGAAGUCCCAGGACAACCCUAUGAAAUGCUGCCUUUCCAAAACUCGCUGCCAAAAUCCGUUGGCGAUCCGUGGCGUGGAGCGUAUUCGAAGCAUGGAUUCUGGUAUAAAUUCCAUACAGGCAACAAAGCUGAUUUUGACGAGCUGGCCGCUAUCGCCGCCGAACAAGACAACUACAUGCUAAACUACGACUGUUUCACUGCAUGGCAAGAAGCCUAUGGAUCUGAGAAUGUUCGAGUUAUCACUGCUAAGAACCUAAAGAACGAAAUAAUGGGAGGUGUCGUGGCUGUCAAGAAAAAAGAUUAUACGCAAAUUGGUGCCUACUUUGUUAAGGAGGAAUUUCGCCAUUCUGGAAUUGGAUCAAAACUCUUUGGGGAAGUCACUAGAGGCAUUCAUCGUGUCGCAUUCCAAGCAAGUACGUCUUUUUUGACGUGA